UUGAGUUCUAUAACAUCAAAUAUUAAAUAAAAUUGUAUUAAAGCAUGAAAAUGAAAUUGGCAUUUUCAUAAGAAAACUUUUAUUAUAUAGCUACACAAUCGAUAGCCGGUAACUUGAGUGCCACCUCUAUCAGAACACUUCUUAUCAGAACCAAACAGAUGCUGGACUCUUGGGUAAACAUUAAAUUCGCGUGAUAGUUUAUUCCACUGAUAAGCGCAAUGCCGACAAGUGAACGUGUGGCCAAAGUGGUGCUGGUGGACAUCGAGGGUACCACUACUUCGAUCAGCUUUGUGCACGAUGUUCUCUUUCCCUUCGCCAAAGAGAACGUGGAGAAGUUCCUAAAGGAAUCUUGGGAAAACGAGGAUACCAAGCAGAUUGUCAAGGAUCUGCAGCAAGUGCCUCAGUUUACGGACUACAAAACCACGUUAAGUGCUCCAUCUACGGAGGUUGAUGUGGGUCUUAUUACCGAUUUUGUGCGCUACCUAAUCGACAAAGAUCUGAAGGUUACGCCGAUGAAAACGCUCCAGGGUCUCAUUUGGGCUCAGGGUUAUGCCAGUGGAGAGCUCAAGGGACAUGUAUAUGAAGAUGUGCCCGCCGCCUUUCAGACUUGGAGUGCGGCUGGCCUCCGGAUUUGCGUCUACUCCAGUGGGAGCGUGGCCGCCCAGAAGCUGAUAUUCGGGCACAGUAUAGCCGGGAACCUGCAGACCCACCUAAGCGCUCAUUUCGACACGCAUGUGGGCCACAAACAAGAGCAGAAAUCUUAUGAAAAUAUAGCUAACGAAUUGGGAGAGGAACCGCAGCAGAUACUUUUCCUCACGGACAUUCCAGGAGAAGCUGCUGCUGCUCGCUCUGCUGGACUGCAAGCCAUUAUCCUUCAACGUCCCGGAAACGCCGCCUUGACGGACGAUCAAAAAAGCAGCUACGAGGUUAUUCCGGACUUUAAGCCACUUCUUAACCUGAAACUGCCGAACAAUAAAGCGCUGGCGUAGAUCGAUCCAAAAAA